AUGGACGCUGUCAUGAGGAAAACUUUCAACGGAAGGCAAGGCGUGCAGUACGGUGAAGGCGGCUUUCUCACUGACCUGAUGUUUGCCGAUGACAGCGCAAUUUUUGCCGAAACUGACGAGGAAGCGACUAACAUCAUGUGCUCACUGUCAGAGAUUGCCCAGUCGUAUGGCCUCAAAAUAAACGCGGAAAAGACCAAGGUGAUGACCUCGGAUGGAUCGCCCGCGUCCGUGCGACUGGGUAGCGUCGCCUUGGAGCAAGUGAGUAAUUUCAAGUACCUUGGAUCGGUCGUUCAAGAAAGGAAAGUGGCUGCCGAGGCUGAGGUCCGCAGCAGGAUUGGUCAUCGCGUCAUUUGCAGCGUUAAGUGGCGCUCACCAGUCACAAGUUCUCUGGAAGAAGAGUACACAUAA